AGUACUACUUAUAAAUAAGACCGGUCCAUGACUCUCACGUGACCUCUCACUCCCUCUCUCACGUCACGUGCCUCUCUUCUCCUUAUUUCUUCUUCGUCAUUAAUUAUAAAACAGUUGGGAAAUUUAUAACUCUCUCUCUCUCUCUCUCUCUCUCUUUUUUUUUCUCUGAACCUCUCAUCCAUCAACAAUGGCAUCUCUCAUCAAUCCCAGCCAUGGCGAAAACUACGAUUCUCACUCUUCUUCUCUCGAUAGUCUCAGACCUAGCGUAGUAGUCAUCAUCCUCAUCCUUCUCAUGACUCUUCUCAUCUCCGUCUCCAUUUGUUUCCUCCUCCGCUGUCUCAACCGCUUUAGCCACCGCUCCCUUCUUCCUUCUUCUUCUUCGUUUUCCUCCUCCUCCUCCUCCGCCGCCGUAACUUCAGAUUCCCGACGAUUCUCUGGAAACAGAGUCGCUCCGGAAACAGAGCGAUCAUCGGUGCUCGAUUCGCUCCCGAUUUUCAAAUUCUCCUCCGUGACUCGCCGAUCUACUUCCACUAAUUCCGGCGAUUGCGCCGUCUGUUUGUCGAAAUUUGAGCCGGAGGAUCAGCUCCGUCUUCUUCCUCUCUGUUGUCACGCUUUCCACGCCGAUUGUAUCGAUAUCUGGCUAGUCUCGAACCAGACUUGUCCUCUCUGUCGUUCUCCUCUCUUCGCCUCGGAGUCUGAUUUAAUAAAUUCUCUCGUCGUCGCCGUCGGAAACAACAACAACAACACCAGCGGAGGAGGAGAAAACAGCUUCCGUCUCGAAAUUGGAUCCAUAAGCCGUCGUCAAACGCCGAUUCCAGAAUCUCUUGAUGAUCAGCACCGAUCUUACUCAAUCGGUUCGUUCGAUUACAUAGUUGACGACGUCGAAUCAGAAAUCUCAGAGUCGAAUUUUAACCGGAGAAGCACAUCGGGAAAACAAGAAGACUUGACGACUACAGCAACAACAACGACGGCGGUUGAAGCGAGUUUAGCGGCGGAUAUAGGUAACGAAGGUUCUAGGAGCUGGCUCAAGGAUUACGUUGACAGACUCUCGAGAGGUAUAUCGUCGCGUGCAAUGUCGUUUAGAAGCUCUGGUAGGUUUUUUACCGGGAGCAGUCGUCGGAGCGAGGAGUUGACGGUGAUGGAUUUAGAAGCGAAUCAUACCGGAGAAGAGAUUAGUGAGCUAUUCCGGUGGCUAUCAGGAGUGUGAGACUGGUGAGUGAGUGACUGGUGGUUACAUUCACUUCGUUUUAACCAACCAAAACCAACCAAAAAAACAGAGCAUUGCUUUUGGUUUGUACAUAAAAAUAGAAACACUAUCUGAAGUUCUUUGCUUCAAUAUCACGGAUAUAUAUUUUUUUUUUUGGUUGGGUUGUUUUACUAUUUUCUGACGAUAUAACAGAUGAAUUCUCUGGUUAUAAGGUGAAGUAUAUUACUACUUCUUAUGGUA